AUGACGACCAAGCGCCGCAACCACGGACGUUCGAAGCCCGCGCACAGCCGCGGUCGCGUCAAGCCGAUCCACUGCUUCAACUGCGGUCGUCUGACCCCGAAGGACAAGGCCGUCGGCCGCUUCGUGGUGCGCCGCAUGCUGGAUGCCGCUUCCGCCCGCGAUGUGGCGGAGGCGUCCCCGGUGUACGGUGCGAACUUCCCGAUGCCGAAGCUGUACAUGAAGCAGCGCUUCUGCAUUGCGUGCGCUAUCCACAGCCGCACCGUGCGCGCUCGCCCGGUCGAAAACCGCAAGAUACGCUACACGAAGAAGGUGCCGUUCCGCGCUGCCGGUAAGAAAUGA